AGAGAGAGAGAGGAGAGGAGAAUGGCUCUGAGCACUCAGCAAUCUCUGGCACUGCUACUGAUCUUAAACAGCGCUCACCUCACAAUAGCAUAUUGCUCUGCACCAGACCAUGUUGCUGUCUCUGGCUCAGCUGGGGGGAGAGCAGUACUGCCCUGUUCUUAUACCCCCACCUCUGGGCAGCAUGUAGAAGUCAGAUGGUAUGCAUAUCCAGAUCAGGGAGAACCUGUUCUAUUAAUCGACAAUUCAGAGACCCCCUCAGCACCCAUCCCUGCUCAGUUGAGCGGCCGAGUGAAGCUGUCUGAUGAAGGCUCCUCUGGAAAUGCCUCUCUGCUAAUCUCUGAGCUCAGACUGGAGGACUCUCAGAAUUACAUAUGUACAGUGGGGAUCAAUGGGAUAUGUAUCACUUACAGGAAUGUUAAACUGACAGUUCAAGAAACUCCAAAGAAAGAUUCAACUACUUCAAGAACUGCAACAGCAAACAAGAAAACUAGACCAUCAGCAACCCCAACAACUAGACCAUCAGUAACCCUGACAACCACACCAUCAGCAACCCCGACAACUAGACCAUCAGCAACCCCGACAACUAGACCAUCAGCAAACCCGACAACCACACCAUCAGCAACCCCGACAACUAGACCAUCAGCAAACCCGACAACCACACCAUCAGCAACUCCCAGGGCUGCCGUUAUCCUCUCUGCAGUAGCCGUCUCUGUUGUCAUUUGCAUUGGUGUUGCAGUCUUUGUCAUUUUACAGUAUAAAAGGAGAGCAGCGCAUGCUAGUUGUAAUAUGCAGAAUGCUGGAGCUCAGAAUGCGAGCUCAGACUUGGUGACCUACGCUGUAAUUGAUCAAACGAGACAGCUGGAAGGAGCCCCAGUCCUGUCAGGGGUCAGUGCUGUGGGCAAUACUGAGUACGCCACAAUUCGGAUCCACUGAUAGGACACUUCUCACCCAGCCACCAGGGAUACAAGAGAGCUUCAGCAACAAGAUGAACCAAGGACUUGACUAUCAUUGAUUUACUGCAGCGCUUCAAUGAAUCAUACCAACACUGAUGAGAGCAAUGAACACAGCUAACCACUAACAAGCAACCACCUGACAUUCUUAAUUCAAUCCUAACCAUUUCACUGCCACUGCUAAUAGAAUGCUGUGGCCAUAUUUGCAACGCAUUUACUUGUAUUUUUGGAAAGUAUAAAAUUCCAUGUUAAAAGGGUUUUAAGUCCUACCUGUUCAUUCGCUAUGCAGGUCACACGUGUAAUCUUGAAAGAAACACAUGUUAUAUAACAAGCAUGCUUUUUCCAUUUUAAAAAUGUUAUCUUAUAUUUUUAAAAAUGGUUUUAAAAAUAGAACCAUACAGUAGUGCGAAAAUGUAUGAGAACACAUCAAGAUUUGUAAUUGAUAUCUUUUGUUUACCUACCUGUAUGAAAACUCAGGGUGUGAGAAUUUCAAUUUUCUAUCAGUAAUCAGUGAUAUAGAAACAAUAGGCACUCAUGUGUGAAAAUGUUAGACCAUUUUGUGCUUUAAUUAGGCAUAUUAAUCAACAUAUUAGGCAGCCAGCUGAACUCAGGUCUCGAGCCUCACUUUCUUUUGCACCUGCUGCUGUGUGUAAAACUUGAACACUGCGCUGGAUUGGGGAGUAAAGAAAUACUUCCAGUUUCAAUCUCAUUUGAUUAGAUUGUAUAGGCCUAUGUUCAUUUAUUUCACUUUGAACAAACACUUCCUAAGGGUUGCUAGCUGUCUUCUGUCAUCCUUGUAGCAGCUGUCUUAUACCUUUAAUGCUUAUCUCAUGAGACCAUGUGGAAUAUUAAUAAACACAGCCAUCGCUGCU